CAACAAGAUCCGAUAUAAUUGAUCCCAUCUACAACUAACUGCUGCAAGUCCCUACACCAACCUCAACUACCUGUUGCCCUACUCUUCACCUACCUACCGAACGCAAAACAAAAUGGCCAAAUCCAUCCUACUCAUCAAUGGCCCAAACUUAAACUUACUGGGAACGCGCGAGCCCUCAAUAUACGGCACCACCACACUCCCUGAUGUAAUCGACUCGGCAACAGCACAAUGCGACCGCCUCUCUAUCAAAUUCACACACAUCCAGUCCAACCACGAAGGCGUGCUAGUCGACCGCAUCCACGAAGCGCGCGGGCACGUUGACGCGAUAGUGAUUAACCCCGGAGCACUAACGCACACGAGCGUAGCGCUGAGAGACGCGCUGGUGGGCGUGGACAUUCCGUUUGUCGAGGUGCAUAUUAGUAACAUUCAUAAGCGGGAGGCGUUUCGACAUCACAGUUAUCUGAGUGACAAGGCGGAGGCGGUGAUUUGUGGAUUGGGGGUGUUUGGGUAUGAGGCUGCGAUUGACUGGGUUGCGAAGUAUGUUGAGGUGAAGGGCAACGCGCGGUUAUGAUUGAGAUCUGGAAAUGAUUUCUAUUCGCUUUGAUUUAUACGCUAAAGCGAAGUUCUACUGCUGAAUGGAAUUGUCGUGUGGGUCGGAUGAAUUGAGAAGAAAACGCUUCGUGAGUUCAUGAAUAUAGUAAAUACCGUGACCGCCCAUCUCUCAUAACUCGAUGCAAAUUUUAUACUUCCCGUCUAAUCG